AUAGAUUGACAUAAUGAAUGCAUAGUUUUAUGCUAUAAGGCAGUGAUGGCGUUCCAUACAAGUGCUUUAUAAUUUUACUUUACUUAUACAUGUAAAUAAACCAACUAGGAAGUUGUAAGACGACGUAGUAUUUAAAACGCUUAGUUUUAUUGGAAUGACAAUGAACCUAUAAACUUGUUCUUUUUCAUGAUAAGGACACUGCCGAAAAAUGUAUGAUGUAUGCAUGAUAAGGAAAGAAGAAAGAUGGACAUGGUAGUCGGCAUUACCCUGAUAUUUCUGCUUGUGAGUUGUACAAAAUCUUAUGAAAACUUAGCUGUGAAUAAACCAGCAUGGCAACAGAGUAACUGGCCUGACAAGCCAAUAGAAUGGGGAGCAGCGAAGGCGGUAGACGGACAAUAUUCAGACCGCGGGGCUUCAGGAGGACAGUGUACACAAUCAGGACCAAGUCAAUCAACGGCAGAGUGGAGAGUAGAUCUGGAGAGUGUGGUCAGCAUCAGUUACAUCAACAUCUUCUACAGAACGGAUAAUGCACCUAGUCCUGGUUAUUACUACGAUCGCUUCGCUGGCUUUUUUGUCUACGUUUCCAAUACCACAAGAAAGCAGGACGGCCAUCUUUGUUUCCAUGAGUUACAACAAGUAGACAGAACACCGACAGAGAACCAGACAAUUAGCUGUCCUGUACAUGGACGUUAUGUUAUAUACUACAACGAGAGGAGACUGGAUGUGACAUAUCCAACUUUCUAUUCUACAUAUGCAUUUAACGAACUGUGUGAAUUGGAAGUUAUUGGAUGUUCUGAUCCAACCUUUUAUGGAGAAAACUGUGAUCAGCCAUGUUCAGCGAACUGUCAGGAACGAAGAUGUACCAUCACUACAGGAGAAUGUCUGGGUUGUAUACAGGGGUAUCAAGGGCUUAUGUGUAAUCAAGUAUGUGACAUUCAGAGGUACGGUCUGGAGUGUUCAUUUAUGUGUGGUAACUGUAGUGACGGGAUUACAUGUAACCAUGUCAACGGAACGUGCCUGAACGGAUGUGACGUAGGAGUGGAGGGCGAGAAAUGUCAGAAUG